GAUCAAAUGUUCGAUCAGUUCCACGUGCAAAAUCCAACACUGACCUAUACGCGGUCGGCUGCUGCUCGGACGACAACUGCGACUGAAGAACUUUAUGCUGCGAUUACAACCCCAGCCCAACCGUAGUGACCUGGGGGCCCUUCACAUCCCAAUGCGGCGGGUCAAAUGGGUAUUUGGUUGCUUACUGCUGGGAAUCCGUUGAUUCCCAGCACCAACUCGAGCGUUCCAUUUUGCGGAACAAUCCGCUAUGGGAACGACUUCAUGCAGUUCUACUGCAAAACUGCCAGCCACUCGCUCACCGGAACGGCAUACUUCACUUCGGCCGGUGAGACGGCCGCUUGGCCCGGGAUUCCGCGCUUGACGGGAAAAAACGGCCCAAAGUCCGCUGCGUCGUCGCAGGCUGCAGUCCCGGUGACCGUGCAAGCGACCGAGACAGCGACGUCCAAUGCCGCGGCUAACGCGGGGGCGUUGUCGGCGGAGUGGUCUGUGGAGCCUUCGUGGCAGUCAUGGCGGUUUGGCUGGUGUUGCCCUUCAGGGAACGGAGGGCAAAGCGGACGCCGAUAACGCAGCAGCCGAGGACUAUGGAGGAUGUGCAAACUCAACAGUCAUCUUGGUGUGCUCCGAACAGCCAUAUGAAGUACAAACGGGAAUGAGCGGGGAAAGACGAGAGUUGCCUGCACAAUAACUUCAGGCAAAUUAGAAAUAGAGGUUGGUACGGUCAAUGUAUGCCCAC